AUGGGCAAGACCGCUUGGUUCGAGGUCGAGUGGACCGACGCGGAUCUCGACAAACGUAGAGCUGAUGCCAAACGCGCUGGACAGACUCCUCCUCCUCCUCACCGAGGUAGGAUCAACUUCAACCUCUACGACGAUGUAGUCCCCAAGACCGCCGAGAACUUCCGUGCCCUCUGCACUGGUGAGAAGGGCUUUGGCUACAAGGGCAGCUCCUUCCACAGAAUCAUUCCUCAAUUCAUGUUGCAAGGUGGUGAUUUCACCCGAGGCAAUGGCACUGGCGGCAAGUCCAUCUACGGCGAGAAGUUCGCAGACGAGAACUUCAAGAAGGCUCACACCAAACCGGGAAUGUUGUCCAUGGCCAACGCUGGUCCUAACACCAACGGUUCUCAAUUUUUCAUCACAACCGUUGUCACCUCGUGGCUGGACGGCAAGCACGUCGUCUUCGGUGAGGUCGCUGACGAACAAAGCAUGAAAAUCGUCAAGGCACUGGAGGGAACUGGUUCUGGCUCUGGCCAGGUUAAGCACGAGGUCAAGCCAACCAUCGUCGACUGCGGCGCCUCUUAG